AUGCUGCUGGCUGUGCGCUACUCCUCGCCGCUCUUCCGCCUGCCCUCUCUGGAGCUCGUUCAGGAGCGAGUGCGAUUCCUCAACGUGGGCCCCACAGCGCUGCCAGGCGUGAUAGUAAUGAGUGUGACUGAUGGCGAUGCUGGCUCAGGCAUGGCCCAGCUGGACUCCAGGUUCCGAAUGCUGCUGCUGGUGGUGAGCAUGCAGCCCCAGCUUGCCCACCUGCACCUGCCGUCCCUACUCUCCCGCAACCUUGUCCCGCACCCACUGCAGGAGCAGCAUGGCAUGGUACCAGCAGUGCCAGGAGCAGACCCGUGGUUCCAAGCAGACACAGCUAUGCUGACUCCCUCGCCCUGGUGGAGCUCAGGGAGUGAACCCCUCUUUGAGUCGGCUCAGCAUGGCAUGGUUCCAUCACAAGCAGCAGCAGCAGGCCCAUGGUUCCAAGCAGACACGGCCAUGCUGACUGUGCCACCACUGGCAGCCCUCGCCCUGGUGGAGCUCAGGGAGUGA